UAUUUUCCCUCCCCGAUUUCGCCGUCGGAUCCACCAGCACCCUAUUCUUGUCCGCUCCCCGUCGUGCCUUUACCUUUUUCUUUGCCCGCCUCUGCCACCGCCACUGCCGCCUGACGUGCCGCCUUCUGUGCUGGUCGGUCCUCUUCCUCCCCAGCUCCCGCGACGCGAUCAAAAUCGGAAGAGCCACCGCCACCGCUUUGUCGCACAAAGAUCGAUUUGGGCGGCGCGGGCCGCGAGGAGGUGGGAUCUUGGACGGCAUUGGGGCGGACCGGAGACAGGUGGGUUGUUUCUGAUAGAGGAGGCACAACGGCGGCGGCUACGGCGGCAACGGUGGCGACGGCAGCGCCGUCGGGUGGCGGAGGCAGCGGGUGCCUUGACUGCCUGCAUGAUGUGGUGCGGGCGCUGUCGAUGGGAUCGUGCCUGACGGCGGAGCAGCGGCCAGCCACAGCAGCAGGGGCGGCACCCGGGGGCAAAGAGCGAGAAGGCAGGACGACGGAGGAGGAGGUCCCUGGGAGGAUCGCUGGGAACGGAGUGGGCAGUGCGGCCUGCCUGUUCACGCGGCAGGGGAGGAAGGGCACCAACCAGGACGCCAUGGUCGUCUGGGAGAACUUUAAUGGAAGAGCAGACACAAUUUUUUGUGGAGUUUUUGAUGGACAUGGCCCACAUGGCCAUGUCGUUGCAAGGAAAGUUAGAGAUACUCUCCCUUCAAAGCUGCGUGAUUUGAUAUAUGACGACUACGGGGAAAGCCCUAUCAGCAACUCAGAUGGCUCAAUUCUAGAAGAAACUUUAUCCCCAUAUGCAGAUGCAGAAGACAAGUCUCCCAUGUCUGGACAGAAACGAGAACAUCGGGAAUUCUUUUGCACAAUGAAAGAUUCGUACCGAAAGGCUUUUAGAGUAACAGAUAAAGAACUUAAAUUACACAGAAAUAUUGAUAGCAUUUGCAGUGGAAGUACAGCAGUUACUUUAAUCAAGCAGGGCGAGGAUCUUAUUGUUGGGAAUUUAGGUGACUCUAGGGCUGUACUAGGCACCAGAGAUCAAAAGGGUCGUUUGGUGGCUCAUCAGUUGACAGUUGACCUGAAACCUGAUCAUCCAAGGGAGGCAAGGAGAAUCAAGCGAUGUAAUGGAAGGGUCUUUGCUCAUCAGGAUGAACCAGAUGUGGCUCGUCUUUGGCUUCCUAAUUGCAACUCCCCUGGUCUAGCAAUGGCACGAGCUUUUGGUGAUUUUUGUCUAAAGGAUUUCGGGCUAAUUUGUGUGCCUGAGGUCACUUACAGACAAAUCACAGAGAAGGAUGAGUUCAUUGUCCUUGCUACAGAUGGGGUGUGGGAUGUCUUGACCAAUCAGGAAGUCGUGGAUGUUGUUGCUUCAUGUUCUGAUCGUUCCUUUGCAGCUCGUUCUGUUGUUGACUUAGCAAAUCACGCUUGGAGGUUCAAAUAUCCAACCUCCAAAACUGAUGAUUGUGCAACGAUAUGCCUUUUUCUCGACAAGGAUGACAGUGCUGGUGGUUUAUCAGGAUCUUCUGUUAGUAGCAAGGGAAUUGGCUCCAGUCCAAAGGCACAAGGCCGGUCAACAAAGCCCAGGCUCAGUAGUAAAAGAGUAACACCUGAAGAUGCAGAUGAUGGAAGUGACUCAAAUAUAAGUGGAGAUGACAGGUCCUCGGAGAGCUUCACCAGGUUGAACACACUACUGACACUACCCAAGUUCGGUGACACAAGCCCAAUAAGGAAAUGAAGCAUACUGAAUUUGCAAUCAACAGUAUACUCACUGUUGUUUUCAGAAGGAGAGCGUUGUCGGCUUUAUUAGCAUGUCCGGUGAGCUCUCAUCCUUACCAGUGGUUCAUGGAAGGAUGAGUGGGAUUGCUGUUUUUGUAAAUCCUAACUCGCUUUCUGGCUAUAGAGUAAUGAUUAUGCAGCAUGCAUUUGAAGUGAAUUUUUAAUUUGUUGAGAGUCACUUUUCCCAUUUUUCUAUGGCUGCUCAUCAAGCAUUUCAGUCAAACAAUGUCUGUACUCUGGUUUGAUACGUGAACAAAUCCUGCUCUC